AUGUAUACUACCAUGGUGGUAAACUGUUCCAAUUGCCAUACUCCGCUCCAAUUACCACCGGGUGCCGGAUCCAUCCGCUGUGUUAUCUGUCAAGCAGUAACUCACAUCGCUGACCACUCUCGCAAUGUUCCUCCUCCAUCAAGCUCCUUCACUCCUAUUUCUUCCAACCACGCGCCUCCGUCUCCAUACAACCACGCGCCACCGGGUCCUCCACCAAACCAACACGGAAGAAAAAAGGCCGUUAUUGUUGGGAUAUCGUAUAAGUACUCAAGGCAUGAGUUAAAGGGGUGUAUCAACGAUGCAAAGUGCAUGCGUCAUCUUUUGAUGACCAAGUUUCAGUUCCCUCAAGAUUCUAUUCUCAUGUUAACUGAAGAGGAAACUGACCCCUACAGAACUCCCACCAAACAAAACAUGAGGAUGGCAUUAUAUUGGCUUGUACAAGCUUGUCAACCUGGAGAUUCCUUGCUUUUUCACUAUUCUGGACAUGGUUCAAGGCAAAGAAAUUAUAAUGGUGAUGAAGUUGAUGGAUAUGAUGAAACUCUAUGUCCACUGGACUUCGAAACUCAAGGUAUGAUUGUUGAUGAUGAAAUCAAUGCAACAAUUGUCAGACCUCUUCCUCAUGGUGUUAGGCUUCAUGCAAUGGUUGAUGCUUGCCAUAGUGGCACUGUAUUGGAUCUACCCUUCCUUUGCAGAAUGAACAGGAGUGGUCAGUAUGUAUGGGAGGACCAUCGUCCUCGAUCGGGUUUAUGGAAAGGGACAAAUGGUGGAGAAGUCAUUUCUUUCAGUGGUUGCGAUGACGAUCAAACCUCUGCUGAUACAUCUGCUUUAUCAAAGAUAACGUCAACAGGUGCAAUGACUUUUUGCUUCAUCCAAGCCAUUGAGCGUGGACAUGGCACUACUUAUGGGAGCAUUCUCAACUCAAUGCGUACCACUAUCCGAAAUACUGGUAGUGGCCUUGGAGGCUCUGGUGUUGGUGGGCUGAGACAGGAGCCACAGCUAACUUCUUGCCAGCCUUUUGAUGUUUAUACAAGACCUUUCUCUCUUUGA